AGUGUUAUGUUUGUGAAUAUGAUUCUGGUAUGACUAAAGUGGUUGAUUCCGUAAGUGGCUGUUGGUGCGGUGCAGUGCCGGUAGUGAGAAAGACAAUAAUUGUGUUUUUAGAUCUUCGAGUGUUCCGUGAUAUUUCUUGGGGAUGAAUAGAACCUUGAAUAGCCAGCUCUCAAAAGACGAUGUAAACAUAAGAUGAAAAAUUAAAUCAAUUAUAGUUUUUAACUGCAACAAUCCAAGUUUUUAUUUUAUGGGAAUGAAAAACACUUAAGUACAACACUGGAACUGAUCAAUAAAUUGUGAGUGUUAUUAACUUUUGCUCCCGAUGGAAGAAGUGUUCUACAACUUUUUUCGUUAUCAUCUGGUCUCCUAAGAACCAACAGUGUGAUGACACAAUCGUAAUUUCCCUCAUGUUUACUGUGGUGGUAAUUGAUAUUUAUAGUGAAUAUAAAUAACGGGGUUCACAAAUCUCAGUGCGAACUAGUGAAAAAUGGCUGUGAAAUUAGAAUUUGUUGCGUUCCUGUCCCUUCUGCCUCUUCUUGUGACUAGUGAUGAAGACUUCCCCAUGAUAAUCAAGAAAUAUGAACUGUCAAAUCCUGAAGAAUGUAGUGAAAACAAUGGUAUAUUUUGUAAAAUAUCAGUUACCUUGGUGCCAUACAAUAGCACUGCCGAUUCGAGAGCUCGGAAAAUUAUAGAGGAAACGAAUUAUGACUAUCGAUAUUUCGAUAGAACGAAGCUAAUUCACGGCCGCUGUUUCAAAAAAUAUCAAUUGAGAACAUUGAAUGAAGCAUUGCAAGAAGAAUACGCAAUUAAAUACCUAAAUGAAAGUCUCCAAGGAAUUGUGAACAAUUUCAGAUGCUUCGAAAAAGGCCGCCUCAUCCUGAACGAUGUGGAUUAUUGGGAUCUUCUCUUUAUGUCGAUUGCUGCUAUUUAUGUAUUUUUCAUGGUUGUUUCAACCACGUAUACAUACUUUGCUGAUCAUGAGAAAGAUAAUUUUUUGGUGAAGAUAUUAUCAAUUUUUUCGAUAGUAACAAUUUGGAAAGAAUUAAAGAAACCAAUAUUGAAUGAGGAUUUCCAAAAAUUGAAACCAAUUCAAGGAAUCCGUACUUUGACUAUGAUGCUCAUAAUCUCCAUGCAUGCAUUCUAUGGAAAUAUGUUCACAUUUUUGAAUAAUCCUGAGUAUGUGGAAAAUAUUUACCUCCAUAUCAUCACAAGGUGCAUAGUAACAAUCUUCACAUUUUUAGUGCAAACAUUUUUCUUAAUAUCAGCCUGGUUGUUAACCAUACAAUUAAACAAUAUUAUAAAGAAGAAUGGAGAUCUCACUUUCAAGGAUAUAUCCAUCCUAGGACUGAAUAGAUAUUUUAGGUUAUUACCCGUUAUUAUAGUAUUAUUGAUGUGCCUUAGAAGUAAUCUAACUUUCGAUGUUAUUUCAUUCAUAAAUGAAGAUGUUGCAGAAAGAGAAGUAGAAAUUUGCAGGAAUGACUGGUGGAAAAAUUUAUUAUUCAUACAAAAUUCAUAUGAACCAGACAAAAUUUGUUCUGGUGUUACUUGGUACUUGGCUACCGACUUCCAACUCUAUCUGUACACACUAGGACUAUUUUAUUUGAGUCAAAAAUUGAAAAUCCCAAGAAAAUAUCUCAUCGUUCUAACCAUAAUGAUAACAAUUGCAAUACAAGUUGGUAUUAUAGUAAAUACGAAUUUUCAAGGAUUUCUGAGGCUUAUACCAAGGACAGCGAAUCUUGAAGACAUGAUGGUUUCCGAUGCCUUUACCCUUUCGUAUAUUCCCGUAUGGUGUAAUUCAAUAACAUAUAUGAUGGGAAUUAUAUUUGGAACAAUUUAUUUCAACCAUAAAAAGGAAAAAUUAUUUGAUGAAAUUUACAAGAAGAUUUUAUGGUUCUUGAGUUUUUUCGGAUUCCCAAUACUAGCAUUAUUUGUAACAUCUUUUCAAUAUGAUACCAGAAUAUUUGAAGUAUUGGUGUCAGUGCUUGCAAGACCAAUAUUUGGUUUUGGUAUUGCUGUCGGUAUUUUAGGAAUGGCUACCGGGACGGGUGGUUUGAUAAAAAUCAUUUUAGAACUCAAACCGCUGGUAUUUUUAGCGAACUUUUGCUAUUGUGUGUAUUUAUUUCAUUACGCAUUCGUAUUCGUAAGGAUACUAAGAGAGGAUGAAAUUGUAGACUUAUCCGCAUUUUACAUUGCUAAGUACACUUUAAUCGACUACACGCUUUCCUUUGCGGUUGGUGCUCUUAUCUACGUUUUAGUGGAACAUCCGUUCAUUCAACUACAAAAGCAGAUACUGCCACAAAUCAAGACGAAGAAGGAAAGUCUUGAACAGCCAGCAAGACCAACAAAACCUAUUAAUACGAUUUCUGCUUGAUUAUUAUAAAAACAAUAAUCGAAGUAGAUAUCGAUAUGUAAACAUUUUGUUGGAUCACAGGGACCAAAUUUUAUGUACAUAUCCAAAUUUUAUCUUAGGAAGAGAUUGUAUCAAUAAAUUAUUUCAACAUUUUA